UGCCAUCUCCAAAUCAUUCGUUGCACGUUAUGGCUGGUCGGGACGAAUGUCCAUGACAGGUGAACUUGAUACGACGGAAGUGCAGAAGUAUCAAUCUACAAUGAUGUAGAAAAUUGUUGGAAACUUGGCAAGAAAUUUACACGGAGCGAUAGUUUCUUGAUGUGCAAAGUUUGAACACAGUCUGCAGAAAUCGCAUUCAGAAUGAAUUUGCUGCACGCGCCAUCGAUGUCUUCUCGUUUUGAAAAUCCAUUUCUGCCCCACGUACGUCGCCAUGUAACAAUCGAUAGAACUGGACGUGAAAGAGUUCGGUUGUCAACACCGGCGGAAUGGAAGAGCUUCAGCUGCAACAGCGGAAACGAGUUUCCUCGUCGUGGAAAACUUGAUAAAGCUUCCCGUCGCGUAUAUGCGCCAAUUGCAUCAGUCGCACGUACUGAGGGCACUGCAUCCAUUCAGGAGACAGAUAUUUUGCAGGUUAAGGGAGUGACUUAUAGACCGCCUGGAAGCGAUGCUACACUUCUGGACAACGUAAGCUUCUCUCUUCCUGAGAAAAGUUUAGGUCUUUUAUAUGGACCAAGUGGAAGUGGCAAGACAACUCUUUUGCAGGUGCUUGGAGGUCUUGCGACCCCAACCAAUGGAACGAUCUAUAUUGGUAACAACAGCACUGACUCUACAAAAAACCCUCACGGACCAGGAUCUUUGUCAGCUCGAGUGGGAAUUGUAUUCCAAUUUCCUGAAAGGUUUUUCUUGACGGAUACUAUAGUGGAGGAGCUUAUAUUUGGAUGGUCACGGCAAACGCAAGACCCGGUUCUGAGACAAACACAGACUCUAAAGUUACAGUCAGCUGUUUACGCUGUUGGACUUUCAGGCUUACCUUUGGACAUGAACCCACGCAAUCUCAGUGAUGGUUAUAAACGGCGUCUUGCUCUCGCUGUUCAGCUGGUGCGGAUGCCAGAAAUCAUGUUACUCGAUGAACCUCUUGCUGGAUUAGAUUGGAGGGCCAGGGCGGAUGUUGUUAAGCUUCUGAGUGCUCUGAAGAAGGAGAAGACUAUAAUUGUGGUCAGUCAUGAUCUCAGGGAACUAUCUCCCAUUGUAGAUAGAGCGUGGCAGAUGGAGAUGGGGGGCGUUUUGACACAGCAGCCUUGGACUUCUACCGUGACGAAGUAAAUACUAAAAAAUUUGCAAAUUCCGAACAUAAGAAAGAAACUAGCGCAUUGCUAGCAUUGUUUACAAUUAAACAGAUGGCUGAUACACAUUUUGUGAUUUGUCGGACUUUUCUGUCAGGGAGGUUGUAUUAUCUGUAAUUAAGAUGAGAUUAACAGCAGAAUUUUGUAAUAGUCACAUUCUUGAAUAGGCUUCCACAUUGAAGUAGAUAAAUAAGUUUCAAGUAAGCAAA